AUGUCGAAAGCGAAACCCAAAGCAAAGACGGUCGAGGAUUUGAUGAAGAAAACCCUAUUUACGAAAGAUGCUAUUGAGUGUUUGCUGAAGAUGUUCAAGAAGUAUACCUCAAAAAAUAAGAAGGUGGACAAGAGCAAGUUUCAAGAUAUGCUGUAUGCGGAAUUCGCAUUUACACACGAUUUAUUGAUGGAAAGAAUUUUCACAGCCUUUGACUCAGACGGUGAUGGAUUCAUUGAUGAAGAGGAAUGGGUUAUUGGCUUCAAUAUUUAUCUAGCAAAUGGCAUUGAUGAAAAGAAAAUGAAAUUUGCAUUUCGUGUCUAUGACUUGAAGAAUGAAGGGGUCUUCACUAGGGAAUCAAUGUACUAUUUCUUGAAGGACUGUUUUUACAAGGCUGUUAUAGAAGAAGACCCAGAUGAAGCACCCAAAGAUUUAGUAGAAAUGAUGAUGAAAAUGAUGGAUAAAGGGAAGGUCCAGAAAGUGUCAUAUGAAGACUUUGAAUCUGCUGUUAAAAAGGAGAGCCUGCUUUUAGAGUUUCUUGGAUAUUUUUUCCCUGAAAAAAAGUAUGCUGACAAGUUCUGCACUUUAAUUGGUGGGGGUAAAAAUCCCUGGAGAAUUUAAAAGCAUGCUACCAAUCAAAGCACCAACAGCAAGAAACAAAAGGAAGUGAUGAAAACAACAGGAAGUGAUGU